AGAGGUAGAGGAAACACAAAGAAGAGAGAGAGAGAGAGGGAGAGAGAGAGCGAGAGAGAAAGAGCAAACAUUGUGUGGUGGCUCUGGAAAACCAGUCUAGGGCUGCUUUUUUUUUUUUUUUUUUAGAAAAAAGAAAUCUUAAUUCAAUUUGUGGGCUGAGGAACCAGAGAGAGGGGAAGAGAAGCACACCCCCACCACCCCAUUCGUCUGAGCUACAGGGAAAGGCUACACACACACACACACCCAGACACACGGAAGAAAGAGGGGCUAGGCCGCUAGUCAUUAGUUCUCGGUGGUCAAGCAAUGACAAAAGGCUAGGGUGAGAAUCCUGCGUGACUGCAUGGAGAGUAGCUACGGGAACUACGACGGGCUGAAUGGACCGAGGGCUCUACGCUCCCCUGCUCUCACUACAUUUCAAUUUUUGAGAAGGAAGGAAUCUAAGCAUCACAGAGGAUACAGCUACAGCCAAGCACUCUUGCUUGCAACAGCAAGCACAGAAGAGAGCACUUCCUCAUGCUGAGGGUCUAUUUCAAGAGAGACACUGAAGGAGAGAUAGUGUGAGAGACACGAACAGAGAGAGAGAGAGAGAGGGAGAGAGAGAGAAGGGUGGUAGAAGCUGUGUUGUAUUUUGAAAGACGGCGCAGGCAGUCCACGUAAGCCUGCUGCUGCAGCUGGCGUGCCUUGAAGAAACCCACGACCACAAGAAAGUGAUCUGUGUGGCCAUCAAGUUGUUUUGCUUGCGAUGAUCUGAAAUAGCUUUUUCUUUCCUGCGGCUCAGAAUGUCGCUGAUGAUCAGAGGGCUGCAGGAGAACGGGAGAUCUCUGUCUGCUGAGUGUCUGCUCCCGGUCUUGCCGGAUGGAAAGAAGAUCUAGAGAGAAAAAGGAUUAGUUAUUUUCCAGCACGCCUUUCGUAUGAGGGCAGCCAUAGGCACAGUGCAUGAAUGUCCCCUCUGAGGUUCAACUGGACGGGCGGUAGCAGGCUUCUCUGUAAAGGCGCAACGUCUCACGGAUCGGGCCAAAGAAGAGGAGAAAAUACACAGUUCUUAACAAAGGUUACAAGGAGACAAAGAAGAAAAGAAAGGACAUUUCAAUCCACAGCCAUGCCAAACAAAAAAAGUUACCAGACUGAGACUGUUUCCAGGUCAUAGUUGAGUGGGAGGAGACUGAGAAGCUCCCCUUGUUUUUCCUGCCAAACACUCUCUACCGGACUUCUUUAAACCCGGUUUUGACGCUCGCUGAUAUUUUCCUGAUUAAACAGAAGACUUUUCUUAUUCUUUUUUUUUUUGCAAGCAGUGGUUAAGAGGAGGGAAAAUUGCACAAAAAACGACCAAGCAAACUAAAUAACCAAAUGAGAAAAAAGACAACCAGAAAAUCCUGAAUUCCUCCAGAAGAGAGGAGGCUCACAGACUGGACUUUUCCUGUUUAUGGAACUUUGACAGCAACCACAACCUUGGCUGUGGGUCCAUUUUCUUUAAUAGCGGUUUGGUGACCAAGAAAUGGCCAUGGUGAGUGGGGGCUGGGGAGAUCCCAAUGGGGGAACCAAUGGUUUAGGGGACAAGGGCUACCUGCGGGGGGAGGAAGACGAUGGCUCGCCCCAGGCUGGGGGCAGUGACAUGGAGGCCGGGGACGAUGACAAGGCCUGCGUGGUGGACUGUGUGGUGUGUGGUGACAAGUCCAGCGGGAAGCAUUACGGUGUGUUCACCUGUGAAGGAUGUAAGAGUUUCUUCAAGAGGAGCAUCAGACGCAAUCUCAACUACACCUGCAGGUCAAACAGAGAGUGUCAGAUAGACCAACACCAUCGAAACCAGUGCCAGUAUUGUCGCUUGAAGAAGUGUUUCCGUGUGGGCAUGCGCAAAGAAGCAGUCCAACGCGGGCGCAUUCCACCCCAGCCCAGCCUCAGCCCGUCCAUUACACCCAUAGGUGGUGCCAGUGGGCUUGGCGGUGGUGAGUUCUACAGCAACAACAAUAACAAUGUAGGGAGUGGAGGAGGUCAGCCAGUGUCAGAACUCAUCUCCCAGCUCCUGCGUGCUGAGCCCUACCCCAGCAGUCGCUUCGGCCACCAGUACAGCCAACAGAAUGGUCCUGAUAACGCCAUGGGCAUCGACAACAUCUGUGAACUAGCAGCUCGACUCCUCUUCAGUACCAUAGAGUGGGCCAGAAACAUCCCUUACUUCCCAGAGCUGCCUGUGUCAGACCAGGUGGCUCUACUGCGGCUGAGCUGGAGUGAACUGUUUAUUCUUAAUGCCGCCCAGUCAGCCCUGCCGCUCCACAUGGCUCCCCUGUUGGCUGCAGCUGGGUUCCACUCCUCCCCUAUGUCUGCGGAGCGUGUGGUGUCCUUUAUGGACCACGUGAGGGUGUUCCAGGACCAGGUGGACAAGUUGAUCCGGCUGCAGGUGGACUCAGCCGAGUACAGUUGUCUCAAGGCCGUUGCGCUCUUCUCACCAGACGCCUGCGGACUGUCAGACCCAGUCCAUGUGGAGUCUCUGCAGGAGAAGGCCCAGGUGGCGCUGACAGAGUAUGAAAGGAUGCAGUACCCAAAUCAGCCUCAGCGCUUUGGCCGACUGCUCCUGCGUCUGCCUGCUUUGCGCGCCGUUCCCGCCAAUCUCAUCUCACAGCUCUUCUUCAUGCGUCUGGUGGGGAAGACACCCAUCGAGACGCUGAUCCGUGACAUGCAGCUCUCCGGAAGCUCCAUCAGUUGGCCCUAUGUCCCAGGACAAUAGCCCCAACUAGCGCGCCCCCUCUCCUCCACCACCCUACCCUCAGCCCCAUCACCCCUUCACUUGUGGAAGAGGUCUCCAUCUGGGAUUAGUGAUGACAGGGACCUACAGGAAACCUCUUGACUCAUCACUAUCCAUCUGUGUGGUUCUAGUGCCCCGGUGCCAGCUGGCUGUCAUAUGUACUGUAUUCUAACCGCUCCAUUCUCUCUCAUGAGCCUGUGCCAGACUGACCUGUCUUGUUGCCAGCCCAGAAUCCUGAUGCCAGAUCUCGGGGCCAGAGGCCAGCUCCGUCCUGCUGGACCACGAUAUGGUCAUGAGAGCCAGUCAUGUUGCCACCCACAUGCCAUAGUGACUAAAGAGACCACCAAUUACGUGCAGGGGGGCAGCACUGUCCUGCUAUAAAUACAUACAGAGGACAGCACCAUCCCAUCACUUAAGGACACCAAAACCAUUUUGACCCUUGCUGGCCUCAUUCUCCCCAUUUCUCAGUUUUUGUGAUCUGGUAGCCAUUUUGUAUUGACAUAUUGGAGUAAUACUCCUCAUUGUCAUCUUAGUUAACAUUAUCAGAGGCAGAAAACUGUGGUUGUGUGCUGUCACCUGUACAAGGCCCUGUGAUGUCUGAAACAAAUUUUCUCUCGAGGGCUUUGUUUAAGAAAACAAUAUAUCAGUUGACGCUCCGUUCGACAGUUUCACAAUUCAAUGCUGAGUGAGAACAGAAAUGAAACUUAACCACGGAAGAUCACCAAAGCUUAUCAUUUCAUCACAAGAGAAAAAGCAAAGAGAAACAGAAGAAAAGAAUCCAUGUCUGGAUUUUGAAUCAUUUCCAGGGCUCUCUCACAACUGCUGUAGUUCCAACAAUAAGAAGCCACCGUCACAUGACAAUGGACUAAUACCUCACAAGACAUCAGAAAGCUUUAGUCUGAUAUUUCCUGAAUGCAAACCUCUGUAAUUGUUGUUCACCACAAGCCGCCUUCUUUUUUGACAACUGCCUUGUUAUUCAGUAUGAAUUUGGGACACUUAUUAAAUAUGAAACAAGUCUUCACAAACAUUCGUCUUGUAUCUUUCGAAAGAGCCCCAAAAUGUAAUGUCCAUUUGUACUUCAAAACAGUUUGUCUUUGACAUGAUGUUGGACAGACUGAUGGUUUGGAAAUGACUUUUCCUCAGUAGAGAGGUGGCAGGCAGGCAUGUAAAUAAAUUCAAGUCAUGGGGAAAGGGAUUCCUCUCUAACAAACAUUUACAUGAUUUAAUAAAAAAGCCAAACAAUUGUAGGUGGUGCUCAAGAAGCCAAUUUUAUCUGGAAAUCUAUCACACGUUUAAUUACGACAACUAUGUGGCAAAAUAGCCCUUAAACAUGAAAUGUGUAAAUAUAUAUAUAUAUAUAUAUAUAUCGAGGCCAAGUUGUCCUUAUGCAUGUCAAAUUGUUGUUUUUGAUCUCUGACAUUGUUUCGUCCUUUACACAAUGUAAGUUGGAAAUGGCUCCUUUUAAAAUUUAAUCAUAGGUUCUAUUGUUAGCUCUCUGUUUUUUUAUGUUUGUUUCCCUUUUUUAAAUGUUAAUGUUACAUGGAAAUACCUCUGUCAUGUUUUGAAAAGUCAAACACAAGUCUAUCUCCAUCGCAGAAGGGUUUAUAUUAAAUGGCUAGAACAAGAGGCUACUUGGGAGGUGACACGAUGCCGUCUUGUCAGCAUCAAAACAGCUCCUCCCCACUAUUGUGAAGUGAUGCGAGACACUAUUGUCACUAUGGAGACACUAUGUCACUAUGGAGACACAAUUGUCACUAUGGAGACACAUCAUGUCAAUAUGGAGACACUUUGUCACUAUGGAGACACGAUUGUCAUUAUGGAGACACAUCAUGUCACUAUGGAGACACUAUUGUCAUGGGUGGAACUUGGCAGAUGACUGCACUUUGAGGUUACACAGUACCAAAACAUCACACCACCCGUGAUGGGUUCAAAGAGGAUUGACCCAGUAUGGCAGUCCACCAGGAUUUACCUCAUUAUUGGUAUUUCAAGAGGCUUUUUUUAUUUUAUUUUUUUUAAACAAGAUAACUUUCAAAGAAAUCUCCAAAUCACCUCUGUAUGAUUGAGGAUUCCAGUUAUCGGUGUUAAAUUUGACCAUUCAAGACUUUUUCCAUGAGUAUGAGGAUACAACACUGCCUCUUGAAAUACCUUCCUGACCUUUUUGGAAGUUAUUUGGAUAUUCAUCUUUUACCCGUCAACUUCAACACAGUCACGUCAUUGAAAGAAAAGACAAAAAGAUAAAUGUGUUAUUAAUGUUUUGCUAUCUUUGUGUUACUAAGCUCCCUAGGUUUUGAGCUUUGUGUGUAUGAAAGCAUUAUUAAAAGAACCAGAAGAUGACAA